UCUUCUUUCUUGAAUUUGUUCUAAUGACAGUUCACUUGACUUGUGCACAGAUGCUGUGCUGAAUUCAAGCGGAAGAAUGGCAAAGGAUGACAAAGAAAAUGUGAUAUCAGAGUUGUUUCAAGUUCAGAAAGAAGGUGAUGAGGAUCCAAUGCUUGACCCCUAUGCAACCGGAUCAAGCUUGCCAGAUUGCUCGCAUGCUUGUGGACCUUGCUUUCCUUGCAAAAGAGUUAUGGUGAGCUUCAAAUGCUCGAUUGCCGAGUCUUGCCCAAUUGUGUAUAGGUGUAUGUGUAAGGGAAAAUACUAUCAUGUGCCUUCUAAUUGAAGAAUCAUUUUUGUUUUUGAUCCAUGUUGAUGAGUUUAAUAUAUCAGAAGGUAGAGUUUAGAAGUUAGAAGGGGGAGAAUCUUGUAAAUGAUGAGUUUGCAUAUUCGGGUUUCGUUUGGGACGGCU